AUGGGAGAUAAUAAAUUAACGUUAUUAACUAAUCCUUGGGAUACAUUGUCCACAGUAACUACAUUUGACAGGGGUAAUAAUGUAAAAUCUACAAUAUGUUUGGAUAAUGAAAGUAAACAAAAUAAUGGACAAACUGUAAGCAUAAUUACAACCUCUACUAGUCUUUUAAUUGAAUCACUUAUUCAACAACUGUGUGUAUUAUUUGAAGAGGAUUUGGUAUGCAGAAAUAAAUUAUAUUUUGCUAUUUGCGAUAAACUUCACGAAUUAAAACUAAUUGAUAGUUCAUACAAUAUGAUAGAAUUGGAGCCAUUAAGAGAUCAAUAUCAGCAAGCACUGUAUCAUUUGUUUACAGUUACACGUGCAACGUUUGGUUGCCAAAAUAUAUCACAGAUUUCUAGACCUCUAAUGACAGAAUGGUCCAGGUAUCGUAGAGACUUCCAAGAAAUAACUUUUAUUGCAGCUGGUGGAUUUGGUAAUGUCUUUAAAGCAUUACAUCGUCUUGAUGGUAUAGAAUAUGCUAUUAAAAAAAUAAUAGUACGUUCUGGUCGAAUUAAAAAUAUAUUGCAACAUCUUGAAGAAGUGAAAACUCUUGCUAAAUUAAAUCACACCAAUAUAGUUUCAUAUAAAGGUGCAUGGAUAGAACCAAUAUUACCUUCUACUUUUAUACCAUGUUUAAUAUCCUCAAAUCACACACAGACCAAAUUAAGUUCUAUAGAACAUAGAAAAGGAAGUGGAUACAAGUCAUGUAUAAAUCAAAUAUUUAACUCACAAAGUCAACAGAGUAUUGAAGUAAAUGUUAAGAGCAGUCAAAGUCUAAAAGAAAGCAAUGAAGAGGACAUGUUGUCACAAUAUAGUAAACAGAUAAAAUAUAGAUUUGAAGAAGAAGUGGUAGAACAAAAUAUUAAAAGUGAUACAGAGAAAAGUAAUUCAAAUAGUAUAACUUUUAGAAGCAAUGCUGAACAUCAAAGUAAUAAAACAGAAAAUAAUACAAAUUAUUCUGAUGGAAGUAAUUCAUACAAAGAAUGCAGUAAGAAUAAGAGCCUGUUACCAUAUAUACCUCAAAUGAGUGAGAAAUACACAACCUUGUAUAUUCAAAUGGCCCUUUGUGAGAAAACACUUCAACAAUGGCUUGAUGAAAGAAUGGAGAUGACACCACAGGCAAUGAUCAUUGCAAUAUUAACACAAAUUCUGUGUGGUUUAGAUUAUAUACAUUCUCGUGGAAUUGUGCAUCAUGAUAUAAAGCCAAGCAACAUAUUCAUUUCCACAUCAGGACAGUUACAAAUACAGUUAGGAGAUUUUGGUUUAGCUUGUCCAUUACAGAGAGAAAAUCAUCAUUCAAUACUUGGAACACAUAUGUAUGCAGCACCAGAACAACUACAAGGAAAAUGUGAUCCUAAGAGUGAUAUAUAUAGCCUUGGCAUAGUACUUUUAGAGUUGUUGGUACCUACGAGAACUCAUAUGGAAAGGAUUGAAAUAAUUAAUAGUUUGAGAAAAGGACAAAUACCAACAACAUUAACUGCCACUUAUCCUAAAUGGGCACAUAUAGUAAGUCAAUUAGUUCAAGAAGACCCUGAGAAACGGCCAUCAACAAAUCAAUUGUUACAAGAAUUAAACGAAGAUAAAGAUAUGAUUAUAGCACAUUUAAAAAAUGAUAUUACUGAAAAAAAUGAUCUCAUAAAAAAGUUACAAGAAAAAAUAUUAUUAUUGGAAGAACGAAUCGAUAAACGUAAUAUAUCGUUACGUGAUAUAUAA